AUGGUAGAGUUAGGAGCCAUAUUGCUUCUAUUGUGUGGUGCAGCCAGCAUUGCUUACGUCUAUGUAAUCACCUUCCGGGAUGACCUUCCUGCUACAGUCGUAGGAGCAUUUGCUUUCGAAAAGACAACAGCGUUUUUCUCAGAAUACUAUGAGAAACCUUGGACUCGCUGCACCCCUUAUCUAAUUGGCCUUGGGGUUGGGUAUCUUUUAGCUUCGAGAAGAAAACCAAAAUUGCAUUGGGUGAUAGCAAUGUUUGUGUGGGUUAUAGCGACAGGUGUUGCAUUACUGUCACUCUAUGGACCACAUGGCUAUAUCAAAGGAGCAGAUAAUUGGAGGUGA